AGGUGACACACCCACUUUUAUAUUUAGCAGCCACUCCCCCCAAAAGAUGUCUGGUCUGAAGUUGUUCUUUGAUACAUUUUCUCAGCCCUCCAGGGCUGUCCUCAUCCUUUGCCAUGUCAACAGAAUCCCAUUUGAGCCCAAGCUCAUCAAGAUUUCAGAGAUGGAGAAUCGAACUGAUGAAGAAUUCACAAGAGUCUGUGCAACUCGGACAGUGCCUGCAAUGGAUGAUAAUGGAUUUAAGCUUUUUGAGAGUGCUGCAAUAAUGAAGUACCUGGUGUGCAAGCACAAGUUGCCCGACCACUGGUACCCAGCUGACCUCCAGCAACAAGCCAAGAUUGACGAGUACCUUCACUGGCACCACGCCAAUUUGAGAGUGGGAGCCGCCCACACAAUCUUCAACAAGAUGUUUCUGCCACUCAUGACUGGUAAACCCCCAAACGAAGAAAUGGUAAAGAACAACGAGAGAACUCUGAAAAAGAGCCUAAAGUUACUAGACGGCCACUUCCUCAAAGAUACGAAGUUCAUCAACAGUGAGAGCAUCUCCAUCGCUGACCUGCAGGCAGUUUGUGAGCUGACUCAGUUUUGGGUGGCAGGAGUGGACCCAGUAGCAGACAAGCCACGACUGUCCCAAUGGCUGACCGACUGUCAGAAGGAGCUUGCCCCACACUUUGAUCAAGUCCACAAGGCCAUCUAUACAGCUAGAGACAGAGGAACAUUUAAAGGAAAACUCUAGUAAAAAGUAUAUAAAUUUUUUAUUUUAUUGCAAUUGGAAUCUUGGAGCAAUGUUAAUAAUUAUGACUGUUUUG